AUGAGCAUAGCCUCCAGGCCUAUCAAUGCUGCCACAGAAUCUUCGCAAGCCGCAGCGCCUGCUGCGACAAAUGUUGCUCCAUGGCAAUCUGGAUCUAAACAUUCACACAUUUCAGGCUCUCAUCAAGGUCCUGGUCUCGACCUAAAGGGAAAUUACCUUAUGAGCCUUGUAACGAACAGACACCCAGCGCCCAGGCAAAUGAUUACAUUGGCCAAAAGUGCUGUUGAUAACCAGCAAGUGACUAUUCAACUUAAUUUUACGGAGACAAUCGGACAAGGCACAUUUGGACAAAUCGAAAGGGCUACACUUACCUUUCCUGCCAGCUCGUCCACGAACACUGGAGGCACUUCUUCAGAAAAGUCUGCAGAAGAAAAUCCGAAAGCUUCAAAUUCCACUAAAGGCAAAUCUUUGCAGGUUGCAGUUAAGAGAGUAUUACAGGAUCCACGCUAUAAAAACCGUGAGCUAAAUAUGAUGCAAAAAUUGAUCAAUCAUCCUAACGUCGUGAAGUUUUAUUUUUACUACUAUUCAACAUGCUCUAACUCACGAACUGGAAGUCGCAAUGCACCUGGGGCGAGGGGCGGAGCACCUGGAGGUUCUAGUUCCUAUUCGCACGGGGUUGAUCUUUUCCUUCAUCUUGUCCUCGAAUGCUUCCCUGAAAGCCUUUGUGAAUUAAUCUUUCGAUAUUCUCGGCAGAACGUUAAUAUUCCCAUUUUAACUGUCAAAAUAUUUAUUUAUCAGAUGCUUAAAGCUCUUGCUUACCUUCAUUCUUUGAAUAUUUGCCACCGUGAUAUUAAAUCCUCGAACCUCCUUGUAGACGAGGACACACUUGUACUUAAAGUUUGUGAUUUUGGCAGUGCGAAAGAAAUGAUCCCAGGCACAGCAAAUGUUUCCUAUAUUUCAUCCAGGUGGGUUGUUCUUUUAAAUUCGUUAUUCUUUCCAUAA